GCGAGGGGAUUAGUGUCCAAGAAAGCGUCGGCUUUACGGGAAAUAUGUGGGGCAUAAUUUCUGUUCCAUGCCGCAUCAUACUUAUAAAAGUGCAUUCCGGUGGCCGACAUACUAAGUAACCACAACAUUGGUUAUUUUGUUGCAACGCAGCCACCAUUUCUUGGUAACAUGCGUUCCUUCCCCCCGUGUUGCCAUUUCAGCCUUCCUCGUCGUCCUGUGUGUGCGCACAGGACAGCGCUCAUAUUCCUACGCUGAGUGCUUGUGCUUUUUGGAGGGAGGGGGUGUGUAAGGUACAGCGAACACUCUAACAUGUUCGACGAUCGCCUUAGCAUAUCGAUAGUCAUUGCAGCAAUAAGAAAACCUCUCUUUCUGAAUAGUAACGAACGGAAACAAUCCAUUUUCGCGCAAUGCGUUGUGUUUUUAUGGGCACUAUUUGACGGAGCGCGGAAGGCAGCAACGCAACCGGACCUGCUUGCUCUCCCUUGCCUGAGAGCGGAGUGAAUGGAGGAGCUACGCUUCCUGGUGAACAAACACUGACAGCUAUAGGGCAGACAGCGAUACCCGCUUCCCAGCACGACCAUACAGCAUAUCCUUCACCCCUAAACAACACAGAUAUGGCUUCUGACAGUAAACACACCACGCGUUUGAAAUCUGAGCUCUACUUCCUAAUAGCCCGAUUUUUGGAAGCUGGACCAUGUCAAAAUGCAGCCGAGACCCUGAUAAGGGAGGUACAGGAGAAGGAGCUCUUGCCCAAAAGAACAGACUGGACGGGCAUAGAACACCCUGGGAGUUACGAAAAAUUGGUAAAGUUGUAUGGCCACAUCUCGGCGGAGCACCUGUUGCAUGUGUGUGAGCGCGUGGGGCCUCUGCUGGAGAGGGAGGUGCCAGCCAGCGUGCCGGGGGUGCAGUCCCUACUGGGGGCCGGGCGACAGUCACUACUGCGCACCAACAAGAGUUGCAAGCACGUGGUAUGGAAGGGUUCCGCCCUCGCCGCCCUGCACUGUGGCAGGCCACCGGAGCCGCCCGUCAUAUACGGGAGCCCGCCCAACAUCGUGGCGACGUCUUACAGCCGGCGUUUGAACGGCGCGUACCGUCUGGGUCAGCUGGUGCCCACGGCCGUGUACCAGCACAUGAAGAUGCACAAGAGGAUCCUGGGACACCUGUCCUCCGUGUACUGCGUCGCCUUCGACCGCACCGGACGACGCAUCUUCACGGGCUCGGACGACUGCCUGGUGAAGAUCUGGGCGACGGACGACGGGCGUCUGCUGGCCACGCUGCGCGGCCACGCGGCCGAGAUCUCGGACAUGGCGGUCAGCUACGAGAACACGCUGCUGGCCACCGGCUCCUGCGACAAGACCAUCCGCGUCUGGUGCCUGCAGACCUGCGCACCGCUCGCCGUCCUAGAGGGCCACGGGGCCUCCAUCACCUCGCUACAGUUCUCUCCUCUGUGCAGUGGUAGUAAGAGGUUCCUCUCCUCCACUGGUGCUGACGGCUCCAUCUGUUUCUGGCAGUGGGACGCUCGCACGCUCAAAUUCGGACACAGGCCCAGUAAGUUUACGGAGCGUCCUAGGCCGGGGGUCCAGAUGAUCUGCUCAUCCUUCAGUGCAGGCGGGAUGUUUUUGGCCACUGGCAGCACAGAUCACAUCAUCAGAGUCUACUACUUUGGCUCUGGACAGCCUGAGAAGAUUGCGGAGCUAGAGUCCCACACGGAUAAAGUGGACAGCAUACAGUUUUCCCAUACUGGAGACAGGUUUGUGAGCGGGAGCAGGGAUGGUACGGCUCGUAUCUGGCAACUACAGCAGCAGGAGUGGCGGAGCAUCCUACUGGACAUGGCAACCAAACUACCAGGGAAGUACAACCCUCCCCCCCUGGAGGACAAGGUGACCAAGCUGAAGGUGACCAUGGUGGCCUGGGAUCGCCACGACAACACUGUCAUCACGGCUGCCAACAACCUCACGCUCAAAGUCUGGAACUCCUACACGGGCAACCUCAUUCACAUCCUCAUGGGUCAUGAGGACGAGGUGUUUGUGUUGGAGCCACACCCCUUUGAUCCCAGAGUGCUCUUCUCCGCCGGGCACGACGGCAAUGCCAUCGUCUGGGACCUGGCCAGGGGCGUCAAGAUACGCUCCUACUUCAACAUGAUCGAGGGCCAGGGCCAUGGGGCGGUGUUUGACUGUAAGUGUUCCCCUGACGGACAGCAUUUCGCCUGCACCGACUCGCACGGGCACCUGCUCAUAUUCGGCUUUGGAUCCAGCAGCAGAUAUGACAAGAUCGCCGACCAGAUGUUCUUCCACACGGACUACCGGCCGCUGAUCCGCGACGCCCACAACUACGUGCUGGACGAGCAGACGCAGCAGGCGCCGCACCUCAUGCCCCCGCCCUUCCUGGUGGACGUGGACGGCAACCCACACCCCCCCAGGUACCAGCGGCUGGUGCCCGGCCGAGAGGCCUGCCGAGAGGAGCAGCUUAUACCGCAGAUGGGCCUGACCUCUUCAGGUCUUAACCAGGUGGUGAGUGAGCAGGCAGGUGAUGGCUCCAGAGCUCUAGACAACAUGAUCCAGAGACUACAGCAGGAGCAGGACCAGAGACUAGGCACAGGGGAGCGGGCCAGCAGGGGGUCAGUGAGUUCCCCCACGGAGGUGUCCUCGCCGCCCAACGUGGGCCUGCGGCGCAGCGGUCAGAUCGAGGGGGUGCGGCAGAUGCACAGCAACGCCCCGCGCAGCCAGAUGGCCACCGAGAGGGACCUGGUGGCCUGGAGCAGACGCGUACUGGUGCCCGAACUGCUGCACGGCACGGCCAGUAAGCAGGAGAUCUGGAGAGCGGCUAAAGGGGAGGAGGAGAUCAACAUCUUCAGAUCAGAGAGGAGAAGAAGGAGCCUGCACAGCCAGUUCCAGAGAGAAAACAAGCAGCAUGCUCAGGAGACUGAGGAGUCUCGGCGUCCGCAGAGUAAUCCACACAACUACCAGACACGCGCCGCCGCCGAGGACAACAGCAGACACAGCACUGAAGCCACCGAGGACGACAACAUGUCAGAGGGGGAGCUGCUGGAUGUGCGUCCUCUAAAUGGGGAGUCAUCUGAGGAGGAGAAGGAGGAGGAGAAGGAGCCCUGGCCAGACGAUCACAGCAGCUCCAGCGACUACUCGAGCGACUACUCGGAUUGGACGGCGGACGCGGGCAUCAACCUGGAGCCCCCCAAGAAGGCAGCGGCGGCGGCCAGCAAGGCAGCCAAGAAGAAGAAGAGCAACGCCAACGCCCCCGCCACCACCCCCGCCAGCAGCUCUGAGGAGGACGCGGGGGACAAGCGGAAGGAGAAGGACAGGGACAGAGACAGGAAGAGGGAGAAGGAGAGGAGGAGGGAGAGGAAGAAAGAGAAGGAGGACAAGAACCAGAAGGACGGAGGAGGAGGAGCAGGAGGAGCAGCACCAAAGAAGAAGAAGCCAAAAGAGAAGCGGUUGCCAGAGAUGAAGGGUAAGGGCUUGACUCUGGAGGAGUGGCUGCCGUCCCCUUGGAUCACAGACACCAUGCCCCGACGAUGCCCCUUCACACCACAGAUGGGAGACGAGGUGUACUACUUCCGGCAGGGCCACGAGGCCUAUGUGGAGAUGGCCAAAGCCAAGCGCAUCUUCAGCAUCAACCCCAAAAAGCAGCCCUGGCACAAGAUGGAGCUCAGGGAGCAGGAGCUGAUGAAGAUCGUGGGUAUCAAGUAUGAGGUGGGGCUGCCCACGCUCUGCUGCCUCAAGCUGGCCUUCCUCGACCCAGACACCGGCAAGCUCACCGGGGGAGCCUUCUCCAUGAAGUACCACGACAUGGAGGGGGUGAUUGACUUCCUGGUUCUCCGGCAGCAGUUCGAUGACGCGAGAGACCGACAGUGGCAGAUAGGUGACCGGUUCCGCUCGGUGAUCGAUGACGCCUGGUGGUUUGGCACCAUCGAGAGUCAGGAGCCGUUCCAGCCCCUCUACCCAGACAGCCUGUUCCAGUGCUACAACGUCUGCUGGGACAACGGUGACACGGAGAAGAUGAGUCCCUGGGACAUGGAGAAGAUUCCGGAUGAGGUAGUGUUUCCCGAUGAGCUGGGCCAGAGCGUGCCCCUAACGGAGGAGGAGCAGCGCGCCCUGCUCUACCAGCCCCUGGAGGGCGAGUGGGGCACCAGCGCCCGCAACCAGGAGUGCCAGCGCAUCAUGGACGGCAUCGACCAGCUCUGCACACUCGAUGUGGCGACGCCGUUUGCGCUGCCCGUGGACCUGCAGGCCUACCCCUCCUACUGCACCGUGGUGGCCUACGUCACCGACCUCAGCACCAUACGCAGCCGCCUGGAGAACCGCUUCUACAGGCGCAUCUCAUCGCUGAUGUGGGAGGUGCGGUAUAUUGAGCAUAACGCGCGGACCUUCAACGAGCCUGGCGCCUUCAUCGUCAAGACGGCCAAGUUUGUCUCUGACCUCAUGUUGCAGUUCAUCAAGGACCAAAGUUGCACAGACAUCAAACCACUGCACCAGAAAAUGAAGAAAGAGACCUUCACAGACACCAGCAGCGAUGAAGACGAGGAGGAGGAUGCAGAGGCUCCCGGCACCUCUGCACACAUCAAGAAGAAGGCUGCGCGGCCGAUGCUGCGGAGCGUGCGUAACAAGGCUGGCUGCCGUGACCCCGAGGCCUGGAAGGAGGGCUGCAGGGAGCUGCUGGAACUCAUCACCCAGUGUGAGGACUCAGAGCCCUUCAGGCAGCCAGUGGACCUGCAGGAGUACCCGGACUACCUGGACAUUGUGGAGACCCCGAUGGACUUUGACACCGUGCUGAACACACUGCUGUCCGACGGCUACCAGUCGCCCAUGGACCUCUGCAAAGACGUGCGCCUCAUCUUCAGCAACUCCAAAGCCUACACGCCCAGCAAGAAGUCGCGGAUCUACAGCAUGAGUUUGCGUCUGUCGGCGCUGUUCGAGGAGCACGUGAGCUCGGUGGUGGCCGACUUCAAGCGUCUGCAGUCGGAGCGUCAGCACAGCGAGCGCCUCACGCGGCGCCAGACCAUGAGGAGGAGAAGGAGGAGCACCUCCCCCGCCAGCAGCACCGCCUCUAGCCCGGAGAGGAAGAAGCGUGUGUCUGGACGGGUGCCUCCGCGUCUCAAUCACGUGACUCCCACCCCAGCUGCUACCGCCACCACCUCCUCCUCCGCCUCCUUCUCCGCCUCCUCGUCUCGGCCCGCCUCGCUACGCCAGAACCUGCCUCACGUCAACGGCAAGGCGGACGCCGCCGCCGCCUCCUUGCGCAGCACGCGCAGCUCGGCGCGCUUCGGCGGCAACACGCACACUCCCGCCCACACGCACACGCACGCAGCCACACACACACAGCCCUCCCCGCCCGCCAGCUCCACCCACCACCACCACCACCACCAGCCAGAGGCCUCGGCCCGCAUGCUGCGAACGCACCACCACCACCACCACCACCACCACCACCACCACAGCGCCAGCAAGCCACCCGCCUCCUCCUCCUCCCUCGCUAGCUCCAACUCUAUAUCCACGGAAACGCCCCAUGACCCCGUCAGCUCGGGCAACGAGGGCAGCUCGAGAGAGAGGCCCCGACGCAAGCUGCGGACGCCCGUCCGACUCAACCCAGGGCCGGUCCAUGACAGCCCCAGCCAGAGCAGCCUGCACCUGAACGGCCACAGCAGCCACGUGACCCUGGGCGUGGGCCGGAGGCGCGGCCGACCUCGACUGCACCCGCUCCCGAGCCCGACGACGGCAGCGCCGCAGCGACCCCCAACAGCAUCCCCAGCAGCAGGAAGAGGCGGAGGCGGAGGCACGGCGGCGUCAGCCUCCCCACCCCCCGCCACCCCUGCGUCUCCCCGUCCGCCGGGCAAGAAGCGCGGCCGCAAAAGCAAGCAGGAGCUGGAGGAGAUGCGCCUCGCCGCGCUGAAAGAGGAGGAGCUGGCGCGCUCCCGACGGACCCAGAUCAAGGCGGCGAGCUCUGCCCACUCCAACUCUUCCUCCUCCUCCUCCUCCUCUGCCAACGCAGCCUCCUCGCAGGACGCCGUCCUGUCGGACUCGUCCACAACGCCGCCGCCCAGGAAGCGGGGACGCCCCCGACUUAAUCGGACUCCGCCGGCUCUCUCGCCCUCUCCCGCCCCUCAACCCCGACCGUCCAGCAACCCCCCGGCAGCCCUGCGCAGGAGCAGCCGGCACAGCGCGGAGGAGGAGAGCAGCUCACCGCCCCGCCGAGGACGCGGACGACCCCGCCUCCGUGUCCAGGAGGAGGAGGAGGUGGAUGAGGACGGACAGGAACUGGAGGAGGAGGAGGAGGAGGGGAAGGAGGAGGAGAGCAGCUCACCGCCCCGCCGAGGACGCGGACGCCCCCGCCUCCGCGUCCAGGAGGAGGAGGAGGAGGAGGAGGAGGUGGACGAGGACGGACAGGAGCUGCUGGAGGAGGAGGGGAGCAGCUCACCGCCCCGGCGACGACGCGGACGCCCCCGCCUCCAUGUCCAGGAGGAGGUGGACGCGGACAGACAGGAGCUGCUGGAGGAGGAGGAGGAGGGCGGUGAGGAGGAGGAGGAGCUGGGGAGGUACGAGGAGGAGGAGGGGUACGAGGAUGAGGAGGACGAGGAGGAGGAGGGGGCGGGUUUGAGGCCGAGGCCGGGGCCGGGCCAAGGCGGCUCCAAGGGGCCCCUGAUGCGGACGCGUAACCAGGGGAGGCGCACGGCCUACUACAACGAGGAGGACUCGGAGGAGGAGCAGAGGCAGCUGCUGUUCGAGGACUCCUCGCUCACCUUCGGCACCUCCAGCAAGGGCCGCGUGCGCAAGCUCACCGAGAAGGCCAAGGCCAACCUGAUUGGCUGGUGAAAAAGCUCAAACGAGAAAGGCCUCGGCUGACCAACCUCGUUGGCUGGUAGAACCUCCGAGAGAAGGCCAAAGCGAAUCUGAUUGGCUGGUAAAAGCUCACCCAGAAGUCCCAUCGCCAACAUCAUUGUCUGGUGAAAGCUCAACCAAGAAGGCCUCGGCUGACCUCAUUGGCUGGUAAAAAAAAACACCACCCGCUGUGGCGUCUGUAACCGUAGCAAUGGGAGUGGACCAUGGGGGUGUAGACUUGAUCUAGACUUUGUUUGGCCACACCCCGCCCCCAAUAUGUCCAAUAUGUCCUGACACACACACACACAAACACACACACACACACACACACACACACACACACACACACACACACACACACACACACUCACACACACACACACACACUAAGCUGUCCCAUGAUCGCCUGGGGCAAUGCUAUUUCUGCUGCUAUGAGACUUGUUUAAAAAAUUGAGGUUGUGUGUGUGUGUGUGUGUGUGUGUGUGUGUGUGUGUGUGUGUGUGUGUGUGUGUGUGUGUGUGUGUGUGUGUGUGUGUGUGUGUGUGUGUGUGUGUGUGUAAGAGAUUGAUAGUGUACAGCCCAGGGUUUUCAUGUAGAAGCGUCUAUGAGUGCCCAUUCCUCACCUAUACUGUACAGUAUACAGUACCCAAACACACACAGGCGCACACGCACACACACACACACACGUGUUCUCAUGUAUCAUGUACUUUAUGACUGUGCUGGGGUAUGGAGUUCAGAAUUAGUGGUGUUUCUACAUUUAUCGCUCUGCCGUCAACACAUUUUAUUUCAGUAGUGUAUUCAAAUGUCACUAUUUCAACUUUUCAGUGAUCACGUAGAGGAGUAGGAGCAAUGAAUCAGAAUCUGAAGUACCCAGAAAUGGGAGUCAGCAGUCAACACUUACAUAUUUAGGCUCGAUUUACUCAAACCAAAGUCUCUGCGCAUGGCAUGUCUUGCAGCCUAGUUACAAGGGUUAACUUGGGACCAGAUUUAUAAAGUGCUUAUUAGAAGAAAAGAAGACAGAAAGAGAUAAUUCUUGGUGUUCACACAUCAAUACACCUAUGUGUAUUCAUAUUUUUCCAUUUGAGGUGCACAUCUGUGCAUCAACCACCAUUGUUAUUGGCACACCACAUCAAGUGGUGGAAAUUGACGCUGACUGAUAUUUAGCUGAUAUCAUUGGCAGAUGAUCAUUUGGACGAGUUGUGUACAUUUCAAACGCUGUGUUAAGGCACAUUUCGUAGACAGCACUAGAGUUUACCAAGGUCUAAAGACUUGAACAAGACAUAGUUUGGUUAUUUUACCACAUGCUUUUGUUGGAUUUGAUUUAAAGUAAGUCUUAAGAUUUUAUUUUUUGUUUCAGUCAUGUAAAAUGUUUACCUGUUACAACACAAUACAUCAGCUAAUUUUAAAGCACGUCACUUAUCAGUAUCCAUCUGACAGAAGUUACACCAGUUACACCAAGACAGAAGUUACACCAUUGAAACCCAUCAGGUAAAGGAUAAAACUUUUACAUGUCUGAAAUAGGGAUGCAAACGAUUAAUCGAUUAAUCGACUUUAAUAGAUCAAUGCAUUAAUCGCAAUGAAUUGACAAUUCAACUGACAAGAGACCCAGGUGAAAUGGGCAUGUGAAGAGUCUGUGUGAAGAGGGGUGUGAAUAGUGGGAAUAUUUGAAUCACCUUUGGAUUAAAUAAUUGAAAUAGAAUUUAUUUAAAUGUGGUAUUUUAUCUCAAUUUUUAAUUAAAAUGUUUAGAUUAAGUAGCUUUUUUUCCGGGAAACAUUGAGAUUUCGGGGGGAAAACGCCGCUCAUCAAUUAAUCGUAAGUCGAUCGAUAAGGCUAUCAACUAAUGAUUAAUGAAUUAAUGAAUUUGCAUCCCUAGUCUUAAACAAAAGAAAAUCUUAAGACUUGAUAUUUAACAGUUAGACAUAAUGAACAUUAUACUGUACAUCUACGGUAUGUAUGUGACUCCAAGUAGUCAUACUAAUAUUCUGAAGGAACCUUAACCCCGCAUUGCCCCAGGGACUGUAGCCAAGGGUGUAUCUCUAAAUUACGAAGUCUAGUUGGAUUUUUAAAAAAAGUGUCAGCUAAAUGUAAUGGAAUGAAAUCUACAGUGCAUCAGUGUUGAACAACUUCAUAAGUUCAUCUCCAAAUUCAGUCAACACUUGACUUACAACAGUGUAGUAUCCAACCCUAAUACAGACACUCACAUAUAAUCGCAUGCACAGAGUGCAAUAUCUCUCUCCCACUUGCACACAGACUCACAUUGUAUCAACGUUCAACGUAAUGUCUAGAUGGACACUUGCUUACACAUAAUUUGUGUCAUAGUCACUGUGGAAUAUGAUCUCUAUGUCAACUCCAAAAUCAAAAGUGUGGCAGGGCAAGUGUGUGUGUGUGCGUGUGCGUGUGCGUGUGCGUGUACUUAGCACUUGACUGUGAACUUGCUCUCCCCCGUCCCCCGGGCCAAUUGUCUGUGCGCUGCAGAAAAUGAACUCUGAAGCUUAUGUUUCAAGUUAAAAGCAUCUGGUCAAUUAAAAUAAAUAAAGUCAAGUUAAAAAAAAAAAAGUAAUUAUUUUUGAACUAGACAUUUUAGAAUAUUAGACUAAUUUUAAGACAUUUGUUUGAGAACAUUUCACUUCUUAGAAGCAAAUAUCUAUAUCUGAUCAUAAACAAAUGGCUUGCUCCAUGGACAAAUUUCUUACAAUUUGUCUGAAUAGUUUAGUUCAAAAGUAUUAAUUAUUAAAUGAUUUUUAUUUAACUUACGGUUAACUAAAUGCUUUUUACUUGAAACUAGAAUAGCUUGAACUAAACUAGCUUGCUAAGAUUUCAUUUUUUGCAGUGUGGUAGGCCUACUGCAAGUGUUAGGCUAGGGCUUUGUCAGGGUGUUAUUCUUGCGUUAUGUUCACUUGUGUUUUCUGUGCUCACUAAAUCCACAGCUCUACAGUCUGACCUCAUAGCUCUUUGCUAAAGGGGAAGGACAGUCUUAAGUAAUAUAUUACGACUUGGUCAUUGCCAUUCUGGUAACAACAAAAAUAUAUAACAGGGGCCUUGUCUUAAUGGAUUGCGUUUUUUAACCUUAAAUCUGUCACCAAAAAACAUGAUGUGACGUGUAUUUUGAUUUAUGAAAUUUAACCAAAUGGAAACCAGUAUAACCAAAACAUCACAUUGUAGUCCGAUAUUAAAAUAAUUAGCCUACUGUAUCAGUAGCACGCAUGAGGAAUACAUUAACCAUAAACAACACCUGAUGAGACACAAGUAACUUUUCAAAUCUCUGUAACUGGUAGGUGUUAAUUAGGGGAAUAGGAAAGCCAGAACAUUCAUUUUUAUUUUCAUAUAUGAUUAAUUUCUGGAGUUAGUUAUACAUAUAUCAAGGAAGGAAAACACUGUGCAUUUCAGAUCAAAGAAGUAAAUUAACAUAUUUAUUUGCACCACAUCAUUGUGAUCAUUAGCAUUGCAGCAUUAGCAUUAGCAAAGGAGAAAUAUGGAGCCGAGUAUAGCCUCCGGGGUCUGCCCAUUGGUCCGACAGUCCAUAAGUCAGACAAUAAGCCAUACAGGAGCAUCACACAAGUACUGGGGUAGGCUAGGCUACACGUGGGAAGGUCUUUUCAGACAAAAACAUGCCUUUUGACGGUUAGGGUUAGCAAUUGGUUUGGUUUGGGCAUAGUUCUUAUUUUUCAGUUAACUUAAAAGUGAAUAUUUACACACUUAUGACGCUAAAAUAAUUGUAUACUGACAGAACAUGCCUUUAAUGACGGUUAGGAAUGGUUUUGGUUUGGACAUAGUUUAAACGUGUGCGUCAGACUAAUGGUCUGUCGUACCAAUGGGACGUAACCAUAGCCUACUUGGUAUACAUGAUAGGCCUACUGCCCUACAAAGGCAAAGUGCAUUGAAACUGAAGACAAAUGAAGUACAUUAAAACCGAGAAAAAUCUAAUAUUUGAAUGUUUUUCAAAUCACCCUCUUCAACCAGAAAGGGCACCGUUUCUGUAGAAUCACCCAUAAGGCUUUGCCACAAGAUAAAGGAGGUGAUAUGAAGACCAUUUUCAGUAUGAACUCAAUAUUGACAAAAAUAUCCAAGUAAAGGAGAGAAAUCACAGCACACUGGUUUCGCUGUUGCUUCAUCAGGUUCACUCUGCACAUCACCAGCACCUGGACAGUGGUUGUGCACAGAAUAUCUAAUUUUAGUACUUCAAUGACAAAAAUAUGUUCACGAGUUUGGCCUUGAAUGCUUGGUGUUCAGUAGGCAUAGGCAAUAGGCAUGCUUGGCAUGUUAGCUGGCCUCAGUUCUGGGAUGCUUUAAGCGAAGAUCAUGUGGGAUGAUGUCCGAGAAACUAGAGGGGAGAAAUACUCCACCUUGCUUAUUGGGUCUUUAAAAAUGUUGCAUUUAUAAAAUAAAGUUAAAUAGAUGGCGUCAUUUCACACUGAUUUAUGCUUUCACCAAUUGGUAUGAGUUUUUAGGAAAUCUAUAAGGUAGUUCCACCCUGUGUGUGCGUGUGUGCAUGCGUGCGUGUUUCAGAUAGCAAGGAGAGAGACCCUUUCAUGACUGUUGAAACAGUGCAUUGAAUAUGGAGAGAGUUGUUUCACUUGGUUUUCAUCAUACUCUGCAGUCAGAAAACUCACCUGUUCUAUGAGUCCUGUAUGUGUGUGUGUGUGUGUGUGCGUGAUGAAAGGAGAGAAAGACAGCGCUGCAGUUGACUUUACGAGGUGUGACGUUAUGCCAUUUUCAGCAGCCACUCGGCCAAGAGGGAGAUGAACUUAAGACGUGUGUGUGUGUGUGUGUGUGUGUGUGUGUGUGUGUGUGUGUGUGUGUGUGUGUGUGUGUGUGUGUGUGUGUGUGUCUGUCUCCCAUCAGUACAGUACUUCUCUCGGUACCUCUAGAAAUACACAAGGUACGCGAGUGACACAUAAUUUAUGCACUUGAAAAACUAUAGGGUUGGCUGUGUGUGUCGUGCUAAACGUUUUCCGACAACUUGUGUACAUUUUUUAUAUGUGAAUCCCUUUCUAAGUGGUCUAGUUUUAGCUCUUUACUUCUUAUGUGGUCCUCUGACGGGGGACUGCAGCUAAAGUGUGCAGCUAUACACAUGAGAGAAUGCUUUGUGUGUGUGUGUGUGUGUGUGUCUGUGUGUGUGUGUGUCUGUGUGUGUGUGUGUGUGUGUGUGUGCGUGCAGUACACACAUGCGUGCAUGCAAGCAUCCGUGUGGCUCUAUAGUGCGUGUUUGGACUGAUCGAAGUUCGUUCUUGAUUGUGCCUUCUAUUCCCAAACUGUGUGUGUGUGUGUGUGUGUGUGUGUGUGUGUGUGUGUGUGUGUGUGUGUGUGUGUGUGUGUGUGUGUGUGUGUGUGUGUGUGUGUGUUCUGGAGGAGUCUAGGCCCCUUCCUGAUACCACCAACGUACCACCAACCAUAACCGUGAUAUUGCUUUAUGAGUUCAACAUGCUUUUCAGCCCUCCAUUUGCUGUCUGUGUUCUCGCCCUUCCUGAUUGCGACUUGUGGACAGUCAGCCACAGCCCCAGUGGACCAUAUAUAAUAAUACUGGACCCUCAUCCGCUCACUAUCCACAUGUCUGGGCGGGCUUUGGAUCUAUUGUGGACUGGGAGCUCAAAAGGCCACAUCCGACCUUCACAUUGUCCUAGGGAACACACAGGCUGUCGGAUAAAAAAAACAAGCUUGUUUGGUGGUGAGGGGGUUGUUUCGUUCGGCUUAAUGUUUUGUUUUUGUUUUUUGUGAGUUUUUUUUUGUUUUUUUAAAAAGAAAAAUGUAUUUGAAGUUCAUUUCUUAUGUUGCCAAAAUUGACGUGUGUGGUGGUGUGAAGUUACAAAUGUCUCUGAAUGUCGCCCCUUAAAACGGAGAGGAAAAAAUGGUGGUUUUCGUGAACCAACACCCAGUGGUUGCUUGUGUUGUGUGUAUGCAUGAAAGCAAAAAAGUUUUGUAUGGUGUGUGUGUGUUAGUGCGUUCAGACUGUGUGUGUGUGUGUGCGUGCGUGCGUGUGUGUGUGCUAGAACUAUUUGGCACCCAUGUGUGUUGUGUGUCGAUUUGUGACUGUGUACUUUUAUACUUCUAUGAUGACUAUAAUACCCAUUAUAAUAUCUCACCUCCAACCUGUCCAAAACAAAGCAAUGGUGUGCAACACAGGAUGAGACAUCACACUAGUACCCCACGCAUCACGUCCUGUGGGGAUGAGAGAGAGAGGUCAGAGGUCAUACAGGGGGAGGGGGGGAGGGGCUGCAUGCAAGCUAUCCCAGAGUCCUCUCUGUGUGAGGUUUGGGAAGAGGCUUCACUUGUCCUCUGGUUUCCAAGGAGAUUGGAUUAGAGGACUUUAUAUGUUAGUUUGUAUACUUUUAUAUAAAAAAGUAAAUGCAACGAAGAAAAAAAAACAUAAGCAUAGAAUGUAUGUGUAGGGAGUACUGCUGUCAUAUUAGUUCAUACUGAUAUUUUAAAGAAAUAAACGGUUGUGUUUA